UUUUGGGCCGGGUCUAGAGAUAAAACCUGCGCCCAAACUCGAAAAUUUCCGGGACGGGCUCACGGGCCGUGCCUGGCCGGAAAAUGAUCAGCAACGGGGAAAGUAGUGGUUACGACAUUUCAAGCGUUUCCGGCUUUCCACUUUCCAGCGGCGAAAAGGAAGGGAUAAAAACCCCUCCCAAAAUCCCCGAUCGGAGGAGAACCGAGAGCGUGACAAGAAGGGAAAACAUGCCGGUCUUCAACGUUUCUUCUUUUUCGUCAUCGUCACCCUUGUCUUCAUCAACUUCUUCCUCUCCAUUCUCCUCAUCCGUUGACCCUGUUACUCUACCUACUGGUUGUUUCUCAUUCAGAACGUCGUCGUUUGGUUUCGCCACCUCGGCAAAACGUACCACCACUUCGGCCCCGAAAUCUUCCUUCCCAAGUGGUUUCACUUGGUCCUCUUCGUCGUCUUCGUCCCCAUCAAGUUCAAAUUUCUCAACUUCAAUCCUUAGUUGCGGUGCUUCUUCGGCUUCUGCUCCCUCGUUCUCGUUCGCAUUCUCUACAGGUUCAGCAUCGUCCGCAAGUACUGGUUCUCCGCUGUUUGGGACGCCUUUGGCAUCUACGGCUUCGGCUAGUUCCGCCGCGGUGUUCUCUGGUCCGUCAAUAUUCGGAUCUUCUGUUACCACUGCUGCUCCUUUCUCUGAUUCGACAUUCUUUGGAGCUGCCUCAGCUUCUGCUUCUACGACCACUUCUCCUACCACUCAUGCCGCUUCUAGUUCGACUUUGUCUGCAGAUUCCUUAUCUUGGGCCCCUACGAUCAGUAUUUUGAGCACUUCUGCUGUCUCUGCUUCAAAAUCGUUUGGAACUUCUUCAGUUUCAGCUUCUGCUGCCACUGCACCUCCGCCCUUCUCUACCCCUUCAUUGUUUGGAGCUUCCUCUGUAUCUUCAUCGUCAUCAUCUUCAGCUGCAUGCGGUCCUUCUUCCCCUAGCUUGUUUUCUUCGAGUUCAAGUUCGGCUUCAUCUUUUUCAGCCUCUUCAGCCCCAUCAUUUUCUAAAACCUCUGGGAGUUCUAUCUCUACGACCGUUUCCUCUACCUCAUCGUCUUCCUAUUCUCCAUCAAAAUUGUCUUUUGGAACUCCAUCGUCAUCUGCAUUCCCAACUUCGUUUGGAUUUGGCAGUGCUUCUUCUGGCGCUGCUAGCUCUUCUGCAAAACCUCUUUCUUUACGUUCUGGGUCUUCUUCAGCACAAUCUGUUUCAUCAACUGUCACAGCUACCAGUGCUUCAACUCCAGCAGUGAGUGCAAAUCCUGCGCCAUUCGCCCCUGCUUUCUUCUCUUCACAAGCUUCUGUCUCUUCUGCUUCUUCGCCAUCAUUUCCUGAUUUCGGAACUAGUGCUUCAUUAGCAACUGCAGUGUCAACAUCAGCAGCUACGACCACAAUUGCCAGCUCUGCUCCCACAUCAUCGUUGCAACUCCAGUCAACAACUGCUGCACCGGUAUUUGGUAUUGCAGCUUCAAGUUCUACAGCUGCAUCAACUGACUCAGCACCAAAAUUCAGUUUUUGUGGUCCCAGUAGUGGUGCAGCUCAGACAUCAUCUACUAUUGCUAUAACUACCAGUAGUGGAACCACGUGUUCAACUGUCAGUGCAACAGUAUCUCCUGCACCAAAAUUACCGUCUGAGACCACUGGAAAAACUGUUGGCGAGAUUGAAAUAGCAAAAGUAGUUGAGACACAGGCUAAUUUGGAGCAACAAUUGGAGCUGAAUGAGAAUCAUCAAGAAGAGGAGAUGGGUAAGGAGGACACGGACGACAACAUACGCGAAAGCACAGCAUUGGAUGCCCCCCUAGAGCAGAAAAUAGCGUCAGGGGGGCAUUCUGGAGGAGAGGUUAGGUGGGCUUCCCCGGAAGGUUGUGAUGUAGUUCUUGAGCAAGGCGGGUCGCAAGACCCUCAACAGGUUCAGCAGGUAGAUGAGGGCGUUGACAUUAUUACUACAUCGAGGGAGUUCAGAUCUCCUGAUGAGGUUGUUUCUCCCUUGAUAGAUGACGAAGUCUCCAACACCAGCCCGUCGACCGAGAUAACUGUGACUCGUGCGUUGGACGUCGCUGGGUUGACAAAAGCGAGGGUGUACGUGGAGGUUGUUGAUGAUGAUACGGGGAAUAGAGUGGAAGAAGAGAUGGACUACGAAAUAGUUCAUGAGAGCCCCAUUGUUCAAACUGACGACGAAGCUCAACCGCCUACAGACAACAUGGGGGUUGACAUACGUGAAGAAGAAGAAGAACCCACCAUUCUUGGGGAAGAGACAGUAGGGGCCUUGUCUAUAAACGCUGUACUGGAGAUUUUGCAGAAAGAUAGCGAGGAGAUGGGCCUCGAACCCAUUGAUGCAGUAUCUAGAUUUUAUGUCUGUGUCCGGAGUCGGGAGAGUGGCAAGGUGUUUUCAGUUCCCGAUUGGCUUGAAGGAUUUGCACAGCAGCUGCUUGACGAGGGUGUCAUGCCCGCUGUAUCCCUUCCCAAGUCGAUGCUUAGCGCUGGGUUGGGCAGCCUUAGCGUUGUGUGCUCUAGCAUGAGCAAGCACUCGCCGGAAACUGUGACUUGGGAGGAUUGCGUUCGAUGGUACGUGACAUGCGCUUCAGUGAGCAGUGUUGGCUUUAAGGUUGACAGCCUCCUGCAGCGCAUUGGCGCAGUAGCACUCUUUGCUCGUAGUAAAGAGCUGAGUGACACCUUGGAGAGUGGCACCCGGGAGAUUCUUUCCUUAGACGAAAGGAUAAAGAAGACCGACGACGCUCUGCAACAACUGCUACGGCAGCGGGAGGUUCUAGUGCAGAGUCGGACGGAACGGCUAACCGAGAUGGAUCGUGUCAAGAUGGCACUUUCUCGCCAUGAAGAGAUGCUUCAAAAGCUUGAGGAGGUUGGCCCCAAUUGGUGUUUCACGUAAGGGUAUGUGCGUUAUCUUUGACUUGGUUGUAUACUUGUAUUACAUGCAUUUUGGUAACAUUACUUAUCCUUUCGGUUGUGUAGAAUGUAUAGCGUGUAAUAUGGUUUUGUACGAGUUUUGAGAAUGCAAAGAAGUGAAGAACUUUCCGGUCGUCAUUGACCAACAAUA